AUGAAGGCCACCCGGAAGAACCGCGGCAUUCGAAAACCUGAAAUGCGUCUGCCGACAAUGCUUCCAUGGGUCAUCACCUCGACCAUUGCAAAUUUCACCAUCGUCUUCAUUGGAUACACUGCAGCAGGCAUCAUCCGGGUUGCAGCCCUUCUGGCUAUUACCAGCACAUAUGCAUUUGACAGCUAUAAGCCUGUGGCUGGCUCGAUUUUCGUGUCUAUCACUGUUAACAAGAACCUCUGGGGCUGUGGCUUCAGCAAAUCCAUCACCUCGUGA